UGCACGCGACCUUGCCCACCACAUAUUUCCCGCAUUAUCUUCAAAACCCCCCCGCGUUCGUUCUCUAGGCUUUCUGCAAUCACUUCCAACUAUAUACCCAUACUUUGUGGCAAUCAAAAUCUCUGAUUCACCUUCUGAAGACAACUUCGACCUCAAUCUCAGCCUAGGCUCCUCCUACCAACUAAAAUUCUGUCUCGGCCGGUACAAUGACAGAAAGAAUACAACGAAUCCCUCUCUCCUAUUCCAAUAAUGACUCUCGUGGUUCGGCUUUGCGCCUCUUACUCACGCUCAGACCGGACUGGAAAGACUCUCAGGAAACGAUAGACUUUAUUCGCUUUACGGACGGUAUCACCAACACACUUCUCAAGGCGGUAAACAAGUUGCCGGGUCUGUCCAGCGAAGAAAUCGACAAAGAUGCCAUAUUACUACGGGCAUAUGGGAGAGAUACGGAGGUGCUAAUUGAUAGAGAGAAGGAAACCAAGGCCCACCUCCUUCUUGCUGAACAUGACCUCGCUCCAUCCCUCCUUGCGCGAUUCGAAAAUGGACUGUUGUACAAAUACAUUGCAGGUCAGGUUUGCACACCAGAAGACUUUCGCCGGAAGCCUAUUUGGCGGGCGAUUGCCCGAAGGAUGGGAGAAUGGCACGCCAGACUUCCAAUUUCAGCAAUUAGUUCAGAACAUGGCACAGCGAAUGGGAGCAUAGACAGUCAUGAGCAAUCGUCUGUAGACUCCAAGAACGGAUGCUCUCCCUUACAGCGUCGUAAUCCUGAUGACUUUACUCCGAAUAUGCCAGUACCAAAUUGCUGGUCCACAAUGCAAAAGUGGAUUUGGGCACUUCCGACUGCCACCGAUGCCGACAAAGACCGUCAGGCCAGAUUACAAAAUGAAUUGGAGUGGCUGUGGAAAGAGCUUGGGGAUACUCCAGGCAUUGACAACAGGCCUCUUGUGUUUUCUCAUUGCGAUUUGCUGAGUGGAAAUGUCAUUAUUGAGCCUACCAAAGCUACCAGUGCAACACCCGCCGAUAGCGACUGCUUGAGUGUGAGCCUCAUCGAUUACGAGUAUGCUAGUCCAGCCCCUGCGUCCUUUGACCUCGCCAACCAUUUUGCGGAAUGGGGCGGAUUCGACUGCGACUUCUCAGUGCUACCCACGCGCGCCAACCGAAGAGAUUUUCUGAGCCACUACCUCGAAAGCUACAAUACGCAUGUCCAUAGAGAGACAAACGCAAAAGACCUUGACCAUUUGUGUGCUGAAGUCGAUCGUCUGCGGGGACUUCCAGGCUUUUACUGGGGCAUAUGGGGGCUGAUUCAAGCACUCAUUUCUCAGAUCGAUUUUGAUUAUGCUUCGUAUGCAGAGGUGCGUUUUGGUGAAUUCCACGCGUGGAGGAGUGAGUACGAUGGCUCGAGAAAGGCAAAGGGCGAGGAGAUGCCGUUGAGGGAACGACGUUGGGCACAGGAAGAAUGAGCGUUCUUCCCUUUCUUAGACCCACGUCGGUUUCAACAACCAUAGAAGCAUUCUGGCGUCUUAUAUCGGCAUACAUAGACCGGCGUAGGUGGCACAAUUCCGUUUCUGAACUUUACGUCGCCAACGGUCGACCGGUGGUGUUGACACCAUAUGGGCAGCAACUGCUCUGGAGGCAGGGCUUUCUCAUUGGAGAACGAUUGUCUUCAACGACGAUACGAUACCCACAACCAAGGAAAUCUGCUGAUGGCGCUUUGUAGCUACUCAUGUUAGACACGCUGUACUACAUUAUAAUAAUUUUAAUAAUCUAGCGCCAGAAACGGA